AUGAUUUACAAUCGUGAAAAUAAUGAGUGGAUUCCACGACCAUCAUCUGCACAAGGUAAUCUUCAGAGUCAUCCAUGUUUUCAGUCCAGUCUUCUCGAUGAUGGACAUGCACCCGGAAGUGUCGAACAGUGGAAAAAAUCUUCAUCUUCCCAUCGACCACAACUUCGAAUGACGAAUGUCGAUCGAGAGGCAGAAGAUUAUGAUCAAAAUCUCGAAGCCAAAGCCUAUUUUCAAUCUUUCAAACAUCUGAGACGAUUGACGAUCGCUAAUCCAAACAAUAUUCAACAGUAUGAGGUGAUCUUACUGAAAAGAGCAAAGAGCUAUGCGCUGGUUGGUCUCAAAGGAGAAUUGAAAUCAAACGAAGAAGAAGUAGAACAUGGCAGAAGUUCACCAACAAAGAAGACAAACAAAAACCAAGAUAUUGACGAACAAGAAGAUCUACAAAUCGAAGAAAGACUCGAUAUCAACACACUCGAAGCAAUCAAAAAUGCAUUCAUGCAAGACUUAUCAGAAUCGAAAUCGGCAUGGAUGAAGAAUGUUCAUGUCGAUGCAUCGGGACAAAUGACAUUGCAAGACUUCACUCGAGUUCUCAAACGAUAUGUUGGACGACGUCGAGGAAUCGAUGAACAAAUCGAGAAUCUGUUCAACAAGAUCGAUUAUAAUGCUGAAGAGUUGAUCUCGUGGGAUGAGCUGUGCACAUAUCUACAACUGAACUUUGACGAGAAAUCAGAUGCUGAACAACGUGCAAAAGAAGUAUCAUUCGUCAUUCCAGCAAAGAUUCAUAAAACACCACAUCGACAUCCAUGUUCGACUAUCGCUCUCUCAGCUGAUCAUCAAUAUCUGGCAUUGGGAAGUGAUGGAACGAUCUCAGUUUGGGCAACGAAUGGUGAACCGAAAACAACCAAGUCGAUUGCCUCAAGUGCAGGUAUUUCUCAGACUUUGACUGCAAGAGAACGACUCGAAAGGAGAAAAGAUCAACAAACACGAUCUCAACCGAAAUGGAUCACUGAUUGUCAAGUCAUUCCUGAGUUCAACAAAGUCGUUGUCAGUACUGGAGAUCGUGAACUUCAGUUUUGGGAUCAAGCAUAUUGUUUGAGUACGAAUCGAGAAACCAAACCAAACGAACUUCCAUGUACACAGAUCUCUUCACUUGACAGUGCACCCAUCAAACUCAACUAUGGAAUUCCAUCUGCAGAAGAGUUGUUGCUUGUGUAUGGUGAUACCGAAGGAUGUGUCAAUAUUUUGAUCCUUUUUGCUGCUCGAGAGAUCCUUCGAUUGUUGACGAAUGCUGAGCGGAAGAAAGGUAUUCCUACAAUGCCAUUCGAUCGUUUUCUGGAGACGUUCAAGUGUGAUUAUGUUCGAUGGCAAGUUCAUCGAGAAUGGAUUGAGGGUGUGAGUUAUGAUCCACGAUUGAAUCAGAUCGUUUCAUGUUCGAAUGAUGCUCAAACAGCUGUCGUCAUUGGCUGUAUUCGAACGAGUCCAAGCGCCGAGAUUCAGCUGACAGAAAGUGGUUUUUCUGAGCUCAAGUCUCGUUCGGUGAAAUCAGCUGAUCCCAAGUCACGUAAACAUCGAACAACGGCACUGACAGAUAUUACUGAAGAGAAGGCGACAUCGACAUCAUCUCGUGUUCAAUCGAAGCGUAGUUCGACAGCAUCUCAUCAUACUCCUUCAUCUCAAGACGCUCAUUCACGAAAAGCAACUGCAAAUGAGACUGAGGGCAAAGCUGAAGCAGCAAAUGCGACCGCAGCAGCGACAGUGUCGGGAAGUGGUAGUGGAAGAGGAGGAUUAGGUGGAGUUCGUUCUCCAGCGAUUGUUCGAACUCCUCAGAUCCGCUGUGAAGCUGAUCAAAUAGUGUUCAAAGUGCAGAAAGGUGUUCGAACAUUUGAUCUGUGCACGGAAAAGAAUGUUCUUGUGACUGGUGGAAUGGAUCGAAUAGUGAGAAUCUGGAAUCCAUAUUUGCCAUCUCGACCGAUCGCUCGACUUCGUGGUNGUAGUGGAAGAGGAGGAUUAGGUGGAGUUCGUUCUCCAGCGAUUGUUCGAACUCCUCAGAUCCGCUGUGAAGCUGAUCAAAUAGUGUUCAAAGUGCAGAAAGGUGUUCGAACAUUUGAUCUGUGCACGGAAAAGAAUGUUCUUGUGACUGGUGGAAUGGAUCGAAUAGUGAGAAUCUGGAAUCCAUAUUUGCCAUCUCGACCGAUCGCUCGACUUCGUGGUCACAAUGCGCCUGUAUUUCUUGUGAAGAUUGCAGUGGAAGAUAAUCGAUUAUUUUCGAUUUCAAUAGACAAGGCAGUUCUGGUAAGUGAUAUGUUGAUUAUUUCCUUUCGUGGCAAUACACUGCCAUAUAUACGUUUAUUAGUGAAACUUUCCGAGUAA